CAGGUUGGCGUCACUGUGGGUGAGCCGUUGCCGUCUGUAGCCAAGCAUGCUGUGGUCAGAUGUGCUCAGCCGUGGAUCAGAAACAUUUGCUGGAUGGAAAAUCCAGAAAAGAAAGCUGCUGUGAAAAGCCAAGACCAACGAUCACUGAAGCACAAUCAGGUUGGUCUGUCUGGGCUGCCUGACCUCCUUGGGUGAUUGCUGUUAAUUAACAGACUUUGUGAGGAAAAGGUGGCUCACCUUCUGAGCUUUGUUCCAAAGUUGACCUGGGAAAAAUUUCAAAUUAUAACCUAUUUCCUGCACCAUUGCUGACGCCCAGUGAUCCAUGUCAGAAGUGCUUCCAGGUGACACGGGUGUCGACACCUUGGCCGUGUUUAUGGCCAGCAGCGGAACCACAGACGUCGCCAACCGCAACAGCCCGGUCACACCCCCGAACACCCUUCAGCUCCGAUCCUCACACAAUGAACUGUUGAACGCUGAGAUAAGGCACGCCGAGGCCAAGAGCAGCACCCCCCCGAAGUGCAGAAAGAAGUAUGCGCUGACCAACAUCCAGGCGGCCAUGGGCCUCUCGGACCCGGCCGCGCAGCCCCUGCUGGGGACCAGUUCUGCCAACAGCAAACUGGUGAAGAAUGGGGAGAACCAGCUCCGAAAGGCGGCGGAGCAGGGGCAGCAGGACCCCAACAAAAACGUGGGCCCCACCGCUGUCCUCCAGGUCCCUUCUGAGAAGUUGGAGGGCAAGGAGGCCCACCCGCAGGAGUCCUCGGGCUGCGAGGUUUUACCCGCCCAGCCCAGGAGGACUAAGAGCUUCCUGAACUACUAUGCGGACCUGGAGACCUCGGCCAGAGAGCUGGACCAGAGCCUGGGCCUCCACCCGGACGAUGGGGCGGAGAAGCCCCAGCCCGGCCUGGGCCAGGCCGCCGGCAUCCUCGGGAACGGCGACUUGCUGCUCCAGAAGCCCAACACGCCCCAGGCCAGUCCCGAGGACGGCCACGUGGCCACGGUGUCCUCCAGCCCCGAGACCAAAAAGGACCAUCCCAAAACCGGGGCCAAAACCGACUGCGCGCUGCACCGCAUCCAGAACCUGGCGCCCAGCGAUGAGGAGUCCAGCUGGACCACGUUGUCCCAGGACAGCGCCUCCCCCAGCUCCCCGGACGAAACAGCCAAGUCCCACUCCCUGUGUUCAGUGCCAUCCCCUGAGCUGCAUGGCUUCUCCCUGGUCACGGCAGCCUUUCUGCUGCUGCUUCUAAGCACAGCAAGUUCUGUGUAG